AUGGCAUCCGAACUGGAUCCGGCCGUCGCCAAACGGACCCAAGCCUCGUUGGGGAAAUUCGUGAAACGACCCGCGCUGACUGAGAAACUGCUUCGUAAGCCACCAUUUCGCUUCCUGCACGACAUCGUUCACGCGAUUAUACGCGAGCAUGGCCUGCUGGAAGGGUUAUACACGGCGGACGAGCUGAACUCCGACAACAUCAAAGACCGGGACUCGAAAAUGGCGUUCCUGCAAAAGCUUAUUGACGUCGUUAAACUAAUCACCGGCCAAGAGCUAAAGGUUCGCCCUUCGAAGGUGGUGGCUGGUUUAGAACCGGAACGAACGAAUGAACUUCUACAGGCGCUCGGGUUCGUACUGGAGCAGAAACUAAGCAGCACCGAUGCCGUUCGUCAAUAUUUGGCCAACAGUUCCAAAGUUCAACCGAACGGAGCACCUCCAGCUGGCCCGGAACCCAAUGCCACGAAUGGCCAUGCCGCUCCCAACGUUUCAUCGGAGUCACGCAAAGAUAAACCCAAGGAAAAGAUCAAAGAGAAAGAAAACGUUGGCGUUGGCGCUCCGGUGGAUAAGAAAAAGGAACGAACCGCAAAGUCGAAGGAAGUGGGAAAAAAUGGAGGACCAAAUACCGCACCGGGGGCCGAGAAAGGGAAGGGGAAGCAGAAUGGCACAAAAGCAUCGCCCUCCAGUACGACGGAAAGUAGAAAGAAGAGUGACAAAUCGGGAAAAGGCAAGGAGAAGGAAAAGUCGCUCAAACGGAUCCCCUCAAUCCCUGAGGAACAGCAACCGACGGUGGUUACGGUGGGCAAGGGAUCGACUAAUGCGCUUGUUAAUGGCACGGAUGCGCAGCUGACGAAUGGGAAGCCGAUCGAAGGUCGCAAGCGUAAAGAUUCACUUAAGGAGACCGUUGGGGAAAGUCCUCCUCGGUCGCUGGUCGUCGAGGGACAGAUGGGGGAGAAGGUGGCCGACGAUGACGCACCUCUGACUGCGGACGAAGAGUUGGAGAAGCGUAACAAACACUCCGGCAGCAAUAGCAGCAGCCGCAGGUCUUCACUUAAGAAGCAAAACAGUUUGACCGCCAGCGAGAAUAAUGCACUUUCAGAGAUGAAUCAGUUCAAUGGAUUGGAGCGGUCACCAGGUCCAAGCCGGCAAGACAGUGGUACCUUAGGAGAUCCGGGAGCACAGGAAGGAGGCGAAGCACCGGAUCAUGGCGGAACGACGUCCAUAACGAUUACGGCAGCGGCCGAACCAAAGUCGUCCGGAAAGCCACCAAUUAACCGGCAGCAAUCGGUCGUUAUCGAUACGGUAAUGCGACCUAGAACGAGCCUUCGACCACCCAGUGUUCGCCCACCUUCGGCACGGCCCGGAGCACCGCGUCGCAAGGAGAAAAACGUCGAAGUGAUCCUGCAGCCCAACGAAACGCAGAAACUUGGCGAUAUCAACGUCAAGAUGGAGGUGUUUAACAACGAGCUGUUGGACGAUGAUGGGGAAAAUUUGAUCGUGAUCGAAGACCCCACGGCUACGGCCGACGGGUACGGUGGGGUGGUGAUCGGCACGGUUGAUCCAUCUUUGAUGGGUGACGACGGAGCGGCUCCACUCGUUUCGAACGAACCGGAAGAGCAGCAGGGCCACCUGGUGCAGCAGAUUUUGGAAACCCAGAAGGAGUUCUCCUCGCAUACGGGCACCGACGGGGAAAUGGUGCGGAAAGCGGAUAUGGAAUGGACCACCGGCCAACGGCAGUCAUCGGCGAAACAGAUGGAAUCGCUGCGUGACUCCAUCCAGAAACUGACACGCUCCGUCAAUCCGCUCGGGAAGCUGAUGGACUUCAUCCAGGAGGACAUCGAUUCGAUGGAACGCGAACUAGCCAGCUGGCAACAGAUAUACUCCCAAUCGAUCGUGGAGCUUAACAAAGAACGAAGUGCCACCGAGAGCGCAAUUGAGCCGCUGAAACACCAAUUGUCGCAGAUCGAAGUCAACAUCAAGGAGUACCGAGAGUCGAUCGAUUCGACGCGGGCCAACAUUCUGCAGAACGAGCAGAAAAUUGAACGACUGUACAUGACGGAAAUAUAG